AUGAAGCAGAGAUUCUCAUCGCUAGAUGUCAAGGUCAUUGCGCACGAGCUCUCCGAAGUGCUCGUGUCUUUGCGUCUUUCUAAUAUCUACGACCUCAACUCCAAGAUCCUCCUGCUCAAGUUCGCCAAACCAGACUGCCGACGACAGCUCCUCAUCGAGUCUGGCUUCCGCUGCCACUUGACAGACUUUGCCCGCACCGCCGCACCUGCUCCCAGCGCCUUCGUCGCACGCUUGCGCAAGUUCCUCAAGACUCGUCGCGUUACAAGGAUUUCGCAGAUCGGCACAGACCGCAUCAUCGAGUUUCAGUUUAGCGAUGGCGCAUAUCGUUUGUAUCUGGAGUUCUUUGCCAGCGGCAACGUUAUCUUGACUGAUGCCGACUUGAAGAUUCUUGCUCUGCUCCGAAAUGUUCCUGAAGGAGAGGGACAGGAACCUCAGCGGGUUGGCUUGACAUACAGGCUUGAUAACAGGCAAAACUAUGGAGGAGUCCCUGCCUUGACAAGGGAGCGUCUACGGACUGCUCUCCAGACGGCGGUAGAGCAAGCAGUAAAGAAACCUAGCAAGAAAAAGGCUGCCGACGAGCUCAGGAGGGGAUUGGCCACGACUAUUACCGAAUUGCCGCCUGUAUUGGUUGACCAUGUCUUUCAGCUCAACAAGUUCGACUCCACUGUCAAGCCCCUUGAGGUACUGAAAAACGAGGAUUUGUUCGAGAGUUUGUUCAAAGCUUUGGAACAAGGCCGAGCCAUCUUGGACGAAAUUACAAGUUCUCCUGUCUUGAAGGGUUACAUCAUCGCCAAGCCAAAUCCUCAUGCACAGGAACAGGCUUCGGAAGGUGGUGAGGCCCCAAAUGGCAAAGCGUCGAGCUUGCUGUAUGAAGACUUCCAGCCGUUUCUGCCAAAGCAGUUCGAGGAGGACCCUAACUUGGAGGUCCUAACUUUCGAUGGUUUUAAUAAAACGGUUGACGAGUUCUUUUCUUCAUUAGAGGGCCAAAAGCUCCAGUCACGGUUACAAGAACGCGAGGCUACAGCCAAGAAGAAGCUCGAAGCUGCUCGCCAGGAUCAAGCAAAGAGGAUUGAAGGCCUCCAAGAGGCCCAGGUUCUGAACUUGCGCAAGGCCGCAGCUAUAGAAGCAAACAUUGAGCGUGUUCAAGAAGCCAUGGAUGCCGUCAAUGGUCUUUUGCAACAAGGCAUGGAUUGGGUAGACAUCAACAAGCUGGUGGAACGGGAGCAGAAGCUACACAAUCCCGUCGCAGAGAUCAUCAAGCUGCCCAUGAGAUUGCACGAGAACAUUAUUACCCUGCUUCUUGGCGAAGAGGAAGAAGAAGGACCAGAGGACGAAGAGAUGGACUUCGAGUACGAUACCGACGAAGAAGCUGCCAAUGAUCCCCAGCCCGAAAAGGCCAAGGGGCCUGACAAGCGUCUGGCCGUGGACAUCAAUCUGAAGCUUAGCCCGUGGAACAACGCUCGCGAGUAUUACGAGCAGAAGCGCUCUGCUGCCGACAAGGCACAGAAGACCAUUCAGCAGGCUGAGAUAGCACUCAAAAAUGCCGAAAUGAAGAUCGCGAAGGAUCUUAAAAAGGAUUUGAAGCAAGAGAAGCCCAUCCUUCAGCCUAUUAGGCAGCAGCUAUGGUUCGAGAAGUUCAUUUGGUUCAUCUCGUCCGAUGGCUACCUUGUUUUGGGCGGUCGAGAUGCACAGCAGAACGAAAUCUUGUACAAGCGGUACUUCAAGAAAGGCGAUGUUUUUGUCCACUCCGAUGUGAAGGGGGCGGCUACUGUCAUCAUCAAGAACGACCCGAAGACCCCUGAUGCUCCCAUUCCGCCAGCAACUCUGACUCAAGCCGGCUGUUUGUCUGUGUGCUGCUCCAGUGCCUGGGAUUCGAAGGCAGCGAUGGGCGCCUGGUGGGUAACUGCUGACAAGGUCUCCAAGUUGGGGCCCACUGGCGACCCGAUGCCUGAAGGUACCUUUAUGAUCAACGGGGAGCGCAAUCCCUUGGAGCCUCCGAAGCUUCUCCUCGGCUUUGGCUUGCUCUUCAAGGUUUCUGAGGAGAGCAAGGUUAAGCAUGUGAAACAUAGCUUGUACGGCGGUGAUGAUCGUGCUGAGAGCACUACUGAGGCUCCACUUAAAAUGUCUACGGACAAGGAGGAUGGUACCAAAGAGACAGGGGAAGCAGCCGAGGAGGUUAAGACAGGUUCUCAAGAAGAGCAGGUUUCACAGGAUGUCUUGCCAGAAAAGGAAGAAAGCAGUGACGAGGAUGAAGAUGAUGCCGACCAGAAGAGGAGCAAUCCAUUGCAGUCAAUGAAGACCAAGACGGAGCCAACAGAGAUGCAGCAGGAUCCUCCAUCAGAAGAGCUCUCACGCCUCCAAGUUUCUGACGAUCAGUUUUCUUCGGAAGAGCAACCACAAGCUGCCCCCGAAGGAGACGUCGAAGCUGGAGACUCCCAACAACCAAAGCAAGACAGCAGCAGUCCAGAACAGCAACGGGAAGAAGAAAAGGAAAAGGAUGAAGACGAUGCCAAUCAAGAAGAACAAGAUUCCACACAAUCCUCCACCGGUGUAGUAACCCCUUCCUCGACCAAGCCCCAACAACAUCCCCCGAAACCCAAACAAGGCCCCCCCAAACGCGGGCAACGCGGCAAAGCCAAGAAAAUUGCUGCCAAAUACCGCCACCAAGACGAAGAAGACCGCGCCCUGAUGGAAGAACUCCUCGGCGUGGCCGCGGCCAAGGCCAAGCGUGAAGCAGAAGCGGCCGCCAAAGCCAAGCGCGAGGCCGAGCUCGCCGCUGCCCUCGAGCGCAAGAAGGCCGCGCAAGAGCGCGCCCGGCGACAGAUCGCUGAGCACGAGGCGCGCAGACAGAAGAUUCUGCGAGAGAACAUCGACAAUGAGGAUGACGGUGCCGACGCGGUGAUGGACUUGCGCGUGCUGGAAUCGUUGGUCGGCACACCGCUUCCGGGGGAUGAGAUUCUCGAGGUUGUCCCGGUAUGCGCGCCGUGGCAGGCGCUGGGCAAAGUGAAGUACAAGGCGAAGAUACAGCCGGGGAUGGCGAAGAAGGGGAAGGCGGUUAAGGAUAUUGUGGAGAGGUGGCGGACGGCGGCAGGGAAGAAGGGCGUUGUCGAUGAGAAGGCGCAGGAUCCGGAACGGAUGUGGCCCAGGGAGGUGGAACUUAUCCGGGGUAUGAGGGUUGAGGAGGCGUUUAAUGUUGUGCCGGUGUCGAAGGUGGCUAUUGAGUUGUCUGGCGGGCUGGCGGUUGCUGGUGGCAGUGGUGGGAGUAAGGGAGGGGGCAAAGGGGGUUCAGGAGGUGGAGGAGGACAGAAGGGAGGGAAAGGAGGUAAGGGAGGUAAAGGAGGUAAGAGAUAA